AUGAAUGCGGAUUUGGGUGAGCCUGAGUGCUACUACUUUGAGGAGUAUGAGGCUCCAAGGAUGAACCCCUCUGUUGUGGCUGCCCACAAGAGGAUUGGACUUCUCCAAAGGUUCAACAAGUGGCAAGGGAAAGCCAUGGAAAAGAUGCAAAAGUCCAUGGACAAGAUGGGAAGGGAAGACAACUCGCAGAGAAGGAGGAAGAGCUCCAAGGCCAGACGCUCCAGCUCGACCACCGGACUCGAUCGAGUCCAAACAGAGGAAACUCAACUCGAUCGAGCUGAGGGUCGAGUUGACCUGGAGGAGCCCCUGUUUGAGAACCCUGGAUUCGAGUACGAUCCAACGCAGUACCAGGACUUCUCUCAGACCUGGACUCCCUACAACCGCUUCGAGCAAGCCAGCUCCACCAAGGCCAAGGAGCCACACACAUUUCAAGAUGAAGAAGAGAAGGAAGAGGAGCCACAAGCUCGAUCGAGUGAGCCGAACCCAGUCGAGUGGAGCGUCCUGAUGGCCGUCUACCAUCUCCAGACCACGACCUAG